CUCAAUUCCUGCAUGAAGUUGGAGCACCUAUGCGGCACAACUAAGUACUACGAUCAUGGCUUCUACUAAUAGAAUUAUUGAACUGUCCUCGCUUAUUGCGAGGGAGACGGCGUUGAUAAAUGAUUUUCUUGUCAAGAACAAUCUACCCACCCCCUCGCUGGACGCAGAUGCCCUCCAGUCCAUACCUAUACCAGACAGUGCUACCGAUAUCGAAGCCGCAAGAACCGCAGUGAUUGAGGCCUGCUCGGAACUAAAGGCGUUGAUGACCGGUCCUAAAGAAUUGCUAAGAUUCAAAUGGACUGCUUACGCCAGCGUGAAAGCUAUUCUUCGGUUCAAACUGGAUAGGUCCUUCCCCGUAGGGGAGUCUACUUCGUUCGAAGCCAUGUCGAAGUUCUCCGGUCUUAGCGAGAUGAAUGUUCGGCGUCUCGUCAGGCACGCCAUUAUCAACCAUCGUUUCUUCCAGGAAAAUGCGCCUGGGGUCAUCACGCAUUCUGCUUUAACUGCUAUUCUUUCCCGUGAUGAUAUGGCGCGCAACUUGCUUGUUGUUGAGCUGGACGAGUUUUGGCCGGCGGGUGUCAAGAUGGCGGAUGCUCUAGAGAGAUGGCCAAACUCGGAAGAGUGUAACGAAACAGGGUUCUCUCUUGCGAACAACAGCAAGAAGAGCAUGUAUGAUAUAUUCGCAGAAAACCCCAGCCGCGGGGAGAGGUUCGGGCAAUACUUCGCCCAGCCCGGAAACGUCGACGACGGCAUUUUCGACAAUUACCCCUGGGGAGACAAGCAAACCAUGGUAGACGUCGGGGGUUCCUACGGCAGCGUCGCCAUUGGCAUCGCCGAGCGGUUUCCGAACAUGAUGUGCUUCGUGCAGGACCUGCCAGACACGGUCGUGGAAGGAGCUUCGCGGGUGCCGGCUGAGCUGCAGAAGAGAAUCACUUUCAUGGCGCACGAUUUCUUUACGCCGCAGCCGCUCAGCGUGGACGUGUACUUUUUCCGCUCUAUCUUCCACAAUUGGGCGGAUAAGUACUGCGUCAAGAUCCUCCAGAACCUGGUCCCGGCCCUGAAACCGGGGGCCGUGAUAAUCAUUCACGAGCGGGUACUCCCGAGUUUUGAUAGUAUGGACACGGUAGAUGCGCGGAGAGCGAUAAAUCUGGAUGUCGGGAUGUUACAGCUCUUGAAUGCGCAGCAGCGCGAGAUACACGAAUGGCCCGAACUAUUCCGCCGUGCGGAUCCUCGAUUCCACUACUUAGGUGCCCACCAACCUGCCGGCGCGAUGCGUUGGAUUAUCACAGCUGAGUGGAGAGGAUAGGGAUAGUAUUAUGCGUUGUGCUGCUGAUAGGGGGUAGGUUUCGCUCUCACGUAGCACAGACCCACUAUAGGGGUUGCCUGUUUUCCUUACAGCAGUAUUAUCACAAAUAAAUUUCAAUUAAUUCACG